AUGAAUCUUCCUGUCAAGUCUUGCCUUCUUAUCUCGGUUACAAACAUACUUAUCUUCUUGUACUUCUUAUCAACGUGUAGAAAAAACGAUGGGCCGGAUAGUUAUGGUGCCACUCCGACGGUUCUUCAGAUACGGGAAAAUCUAGAGAUCGAUGACACAUUUCCAAUCGUUUUUUAUAGUACUGCAUAUCUAGAUUACAGGUACCCAGUUCCCCGACUACGUGUAUUUUCCAUGAAUCCCUGUGCCACUUCUCAAGAAUACAUCUCUGCGGAAAUCCAGAAAUCCUCGGAAUCUGGAAAUCGAACGACGAAAAAAGUGAAGCUAAGAGGCGAGCCAACAGAAGGCGAGUGUCCAUGGCACUGGGCGACACAGUGCUUUUAUAAUUCGUACACUUGGACGGCAGAGCUGUUUGAAAAGGAGAGAGGAGAGAAAGGAAUGGAAAGGGCACAAGUUGAUGGGAUAAUUAUUCGCCUCAACGAUCUCAAAGUUUUUCUGAAAAUUCAUGAAGUCCAUCCCAAGAAAAAGGGCGGGUUUACUGUAUGUGUUCAACCAGUUUAUUGGUAUUCCGAGUUUCACAAUAUUGCACUUUUUAUUGAGACUUGGAGAUCCCAGGGAGCAACUCGCUUCAUAGUCUACUUCCAUUCAUCUACCAAAGAAGUCAGAUCUCUUUUGGAAUACUAUCAAUCUCUUGGAAUUUUGAAGCUCAAACCAUGGCCAAGUUUUGGAUCCUUAUCUCCUACCGUAUCUUCCCACUAUCAUUUUCCGUCUGUCGACUCUUCGACCUACCGUGUUGGACACACUCUUGCUCAGAAUUUAUGUGCUCUGGAGAUGUCUACAGAGCUCGGAGCGAUAGCUGAUUUCGAUGAGGUUAUGGUAACCGACGAGGGGAUUCUGGUGGAUUAUGUGGAAAAUAUAAUGAAGGAUCUGAAUGUUGGAGCGAUCAGAUUCAAUCAUUUGCUGAUGAAAUUCGAGCCAAAAAUCUUCUUGUUGGAUUAUUCUGGAAUUAUAGAGCCAAUUUUCAUAAACAGAGCUGGACCCCCAAAGACUGUCUUCAACAGCUCCAGUGUGGAUAUUUUGCUGACUCAUUCUGUAAGAAGGUUCAUUGGAAACGAGUCAACGGUUACUGCCAACGGUGCUCUUCUUCAUUACCGUCACAACAGCUACACAGAAGACGCGGAGGAGAUUCAAAAACCAAACUACAAACUAUUCCAAUCUUAUCCUCACCUACACAUCAAACGAAUCCAGAAGACUAUUCUGAAAGUCUUUGGAUCGUUUCCUGCUGCUUAUAACUCCACCUAUCUCCACAUCUUAAAUCAGUGUAUCUCGAAGAUUGUAGGAGAAGGAAAAUGCCGAAGUACUGUUGCAUACUGUAAUCAGUGGAUGAAUCCGUUGGCUGAUUGGAUUCGAGAUGAGACCCAAGGAGUUUUUGUUGUCUAG